AUGCCAUCGUCGAGUGUUCCCAUAGUGAGCAACCUGAUAGCUGCUAUUCGGCUGCUGAUAAACGACAGACUGAGGGGAAAGGAUCGUUUCGAUACUGUGGUCCUUUCCACCUUCACCUGGUUUGUGCUCCUCUUUGCCUACCGAUUCUGGAAGUACUCGCAGCGAUAUGGCCUUCAUCAAGGAUUCGAGGUUCCUCUCAAGCGCUACGCGCUAAACCAGGCGAGGCACAUACCGCAAAUUCGAGCGAAGAUCGAUGCUGAGCUGGACAAGGCAACCGAGGGGCUCGACGAGAUGGUCCUCAAGGAUGUGGAACCCAGGAACAAUGUCCUACCGAAGCAAGGAAAGUCUUCCAGCGAGCUUAUUCCCCACAUGGAGAAGUGCGCAGAGAAAGAACACAUGAACUGGAAGAAUGGCGGUCAGAGUGGGUGUGUGUACCACGGUGGUGAGGAGUUAUACGAGAUGCAAGGGAAAGUAUUGGGGAUGUUCGGCCUUAGCAAUCUGCUACAUGCUGACGUGUUCACCAAGACCCGACAAAUGGAAGCCGAGGUUAUCGCAAUGACGCUCAAUCUGUUCAAUGGUAAGCCGGAUGAAGGAGCUUGUGGUUCCGUAACUAGCGGCGGAACUGAGUCAAUUCUGCUGGCGAUGAAGGCCUAUAGGGACUGGGGAAGGGUUCACCAUCAGACCAGCAGCUGCCGUCGCAGCGACUUGGGCGACUUGAUGCACAUCGGAAGAGAUGGGUAUAAAGAAUCAUGCAAGACAAUUGGUGAGCGUGCCGAUUUGUCUGCUGCUAAGCACCUCGAGAAGGGAAUCAACGACAUAGAGGGAGUUCGCGUGUUGGGCCGUCCAAGCGUUUCGGUGGUGGCUAUUACCUGCACUAAUGGGGUUAAUGACUAUGACUUUGCAGAAUGGUUGAAGAACAACACCAAGACCCAUUGGAACUUGAACAUGCUGCAGAUGCCAUCGGGCGUUCAUAUAUGCGUCACACGUCUGAACGCUAAGAAAAUGGAUGAAUUGUUAACGGAUAUCGAGGCUGGUCUUAAGGCGGAGAAGGCGAAGUUAGACGCUGGUGUGAAGAGCGGGCAUAGUGGUAAUGCAGCCGUGUAUGGUUCUGCAGCUUCGGUCCCGAAGGAGCUGGCAGACAUCGUGGUGGCCAAGUACUUGGAUACUUGUUACAAGGCGUAG